AUCUUUCUAAAUUGUAUUACUAAGAUCCAACCAUGGCUCAUGAUUUGCAAGGCUACAUCAUACCUUUCCUCAUAUGGCUAGUCUCCGUCAUCCUGGUCCGAGCCAUAUUCCAAAGAACCAAGAGCAAGGUUCGUCUUCCACCGAGCCCAAUGGCCCUGCCAAUCAUUGGACACCUCCACCAUCUAGCCUCAUUACCUCACCAAGCUCUUUACAAGCUCUCAAAUCGCCAUGGACCCUUAAUUCAUAUUUUCCUUGGCUCUGUCCCUUGCGUUGUUGCUUCCUCCCCUGAAAUGGCAAAAGAGUUCCUCAAAACUCAUGAAGCUUCUUUUUCUAACCGGCCCCACAUAGCCGCUUUGGAUUACCUUACUUACGGCUCCGCUAACUUUGCAUUUGUACCUUAUGGGCCUUACUGGAAAUUCAUGAAGAAAAUUUGCAUGUCGGAACUUCUCAGCGGCCGAAAACUGGAUCAGCUCCUUCCAGCCAGGCGUGAAGAGAUAAAAAGGUUCGUGCAAUUCAUAUUACAAAAGGCGGAAGCAGGCGAGGCUGUUGAUGUUGGAGGACAGCUUAUGAGGGUAACGAAUAAUGUCAUAUCGAGAAUGGUCAUGAGCGUAAGGUGUUCGGAAACUGAACAUGAAGCCGACGAAGUGGCAAAGGUGGUGAAAGCCACGGCUGAGCUUUCAGGGAAGUUUAACUUGUCGGACUUUAUUUGGUUCUGUAAGAAUUUAGAUUUACAGGGAUUUGGGAAAAGGCUCCAGGAAGUUCGCGGCAACUUUGACAGUAUGAUGGAAAGGAUUAUGAAGGAGCACGAAGAGGCAAGGAAGAAAGAGAAAGAUAUGGACGGAGGUUAUGCAGUGAAGGAUUUGCUUCAUAUUCUGCUUGAUAUAUAUGAAGACAAGAGUUCAGAGAUGAGAUUGACAAGAGAAAACAUAAAGGCAUUCAUCCUGGAUAUAUUUGUAGCUGGGACCGAUACAUCUGCUAUUACUACGGAAUGGGCACUGGCAGAGCUAAUCAACCACCCAAGUGGGAUGAAUAGAGCAAGACAAGAAAUCGAUUCUGUAGUUGGAAAGAGCAGACUAGUAGAAGAAUCAGAUAUUACGAACCUUCCGUACCUCCAAGCUAUAGUAAAAGAGACAUUAAGGCUUCACCCGCCCGGCCCAAUAAUUGUGAGAGAGUCAUCUGAACACUGCACUGUUGGUGGUUACGAGAUUCCGGCAAAGACCAGACUGUUUGUUAAUGUGUGGGCCAUCGGAAGAGACCCCAAGCACUGGGAGGACCCGCUGGAGUUCCGACCAGAGAGGUUUAUUAUUAGCGAAUCAGAGGGUAGUGUUAAGAGCCAGUUGGAUGUGAGAGGACAGCAUUUUCAUCUGCUGCCGUUUGGAAGUGGAAGAAGAGGGUGCCCUGGAGCCUCACUCGCGCUACAGGUUGUUCCGACAACUCUUGCUACUAUGAUUCAAUGCUUUGAAUGGAAGGUUGUUGGGGAAGAUGGUGCUGUUAACAUGGAGGAAGGACCUGGGCUAACCCUCCCAAGGGCUCAUCCCUUGAUUUGUGUCCCAGCGGCUAGGCUCCAACCAUUUCCCUCAAUCUCAUAAAUCAGAACCACAAAGAAUCCAAUCCAAAUCACGUACAACUAAAGGAAGAGAUAUUACAGGCAAUUAUGGUUUUUUCUCGCUACUUAUGGGACAAAGUGUUCUAUAGAUGUGCCUUGUGAUGAAAGUAAAACUUGGACACCAAGCAAAUAUUGAAAUUUAUACCUUAUGGUUUGGACUUUAUAGUAGGCCUGUACAAACGAAGUGGUUAUAACCAUUCCGCAACCGCUAACCGUUAACCCCAAAAUUACUUUUAAAAGCGGUUAUAAAUAACCGCUAACCGCUUAGAUAGAGGCGGUUAGUAAUUUUAGCUGUAGGCGGAGGCGGUUAAUAACUACUAAUCGCCUACCCUUAUAUAUAUAUAUAUUAAAAAUUUGUUUGUAUUUGGUUAUUUGGAUUUGUA